CUUUUCAUCGCCGCCUGUCUUCAUGGCCUUUGCGCCUAUGGGGCCUGAGGCCUCGUUCUUCCAGGUUUUGGACCAACACAGGGCUUCCCUGCUGGCUGCCCUGAGGAGAGGCGACGGGGAGCCUGUGGGUGGGGGGACGCACCUGGCCUCCAGUUCUGAGGUUCUUGCAUCUAUAGAAAAUAUUAUUCAAGACAUAAUCACAAGCUUGGCAAGAAACGAAGCACCUGCAUUCACAGUAGACAAAAGAUCAAGCUGGGAAAAUAUAAAGUUUGAAGAGUCUGUGGGUCUUCACAUGGUACCUCACUGUACCACAAGGAAAAUCAAAAGUGAUUCACCAAAAUCAGUUAAAAAUUUUGCUCUAAUUCUUAAAAUAUUGUCCAUGAUUUAUAAAUUAGUGCAGAGCAACACUUACGCAACUAAAAGAGACAUAUAUUACACCGACAGCCAACUCUUUGGUAACCAGACUGUUGUAGACAACAUUAUCAAUGACAUUUCCUGUAUGUUAAAGAUGCCAAGGAGGUGUCUACAUAUACUAUCUACAUCAAAAGGUUUACUUGCUGGCAAUUUAAGGUAUAUUGAGGAAGAUGGCACCAAAGUGAAUUGUAGCUGUGCAACAGCUGUUGCUGUGCCAUCUAAUAUUCAAGGAAUUCAGAAUUUAAUUACCGAUGCGAAAUUUCUAUUAAUUGUAGAAAAAGAUGCCACAUUUCAGCGACUGCUAGAUGACAACUUUUGCAACAAAAUGUCUCCAAGCAUCAUGGUUACGGGGAAGGGCGUGCCUGAUCUGAACACCAGGCUUUUGGUCAAGAAGCUGUGGGAUACAUUUCACAUCCCCAUCUUCACCCUGGUAGAUGCUGACCCGCAUGGCAUAGAAAUAAUGUGCAUUUAUAAAUAUGGAUCUAUGUCUAUGUCUUUUGAAGCCCAUAAUCUCACAGUUCCAGCUAUUAGAUGGCUUGGUCUCCUCCCUUCGGAUAUUAAAAGGUUAAAUAUACCUAAAGAUACUUUAAUUCCACUGACAAAACGGGACCAAAUGAAACUUGACAGUAUCCUGAAGAGACCUUAUGUUACUUGCCAACCAUUUUGGAGAAAAGAAAUGGAAAUAAUGGCAGACUCUAAAAUGAAGGCAGAAAUUCAAGCUUUGAACUUUCUAUCAUCAGAUUAUCUUUCCAGAGUAUACUUACCUAACAAAUUAAAAUUUGGAGGGUGGAUAUAAAAAUAUAUCACGGCCUGACCAGCCUGGCUUAG